AGCACUGAGCAAGCAGCUGCGUCUCAGUGCUCAUGUGCUGGCUGCUCUGUUUUAUUGUCUGGCUCCCACCAGAGCCCCACAUUUCCUACCUGUCACCACAAGGGGUGUCCAGAACCCGCUGCCGGGCUGAGGCUUCAGUAGUCACCGCGCGGUGCCGGCAGCCUGGCAGGUUAGCCCCGACUGAUUCCCUAAAAUUGAAGGAGAGAUUGUCGCUGCUGCUCUUCAGGGAUUGCUGUUGUUAAGAGGGAAAAGCAGGUUUGGAGGUGUGCGUGUCUGCGUGAGGAGAUGCGGAGCGCAUUUGCUUGAGGUGUCUGGCCACUGGGAAGCACUGCGAGGCGAGGCAGAGGAGAGGCGGUGAGAAGAAGAGGGAGAAGCAGGACUGAAGUACAGAGCAGCUGUUUCCUGAUACUGUUUCUUUCGGGUGUCUCAGUGAAUGUGAACAUGGAUUCUGUCACUGAAAUCUUCUUGAAGCUGCUAUUUCUCAUCUCGGUUCACAACUGGCACACAACAGUGGCAGGGAAUAAAUAUAACUGUGAUGAUCAGUUGGUGUCCGCUUUGCCUCAGUCAUCAUUCAGCAGUUCAUCAGAGCUGUCUAGUAGUCACAGCCCUGGAUUUGCAAGGCUUAAUCGGAGAGAGGGUGCUGGUGGCUGGUCUCCACUUGUGUCCAGUAAAUAUCAAUGGCUUCAAAUUGAUCUUGGUGAAAGAACUGAGAUUACUGCUGUUGCAACUCAAGGUGGUUACGGGAGCUCCGACUGGGUAACAAGCUACCUUCUGAUGUUUAGUGAUAGUGGACGAAACUGGAAGCAGUAUCGUCAAGAAGAAAGCAUUUGGGCCUUUUCUGGAAACACAAAUGCAGACAGUGUCGUAUACUAUAAGCUUCAGCAUUCCAUUAAAGCAAGAUUUCUCCGGUUUGUGCCUUUGGACUGGAAUCCAAAUGGCAGAAUUGGAAUGCGCGUUGAAGUGUAUGGAUGCACGUAUGGGUCCGAGGUGGUUGGCUUUGAUGGGAAAAGUUAUCUAACUUACACAUUUAAUCAAAAACUCAUGAGUGCACAGAAAGAUGUGAUUUCUCUGAAGUUUAAGACAAUGCAAAGUGAUGGAAUUCUCCUCCACAGAGAAGGACAAAAUGGAGACCACAUCACCCUGGAAUUAAUUAAAGGGAAGUUGUCCCUUCUCAUUAAUUUAGGUGAUACUAAAACUCAUCCUUCUAAUGCCCAAAUUAAUAUUACACUGGGCAGCCUUUUGGAUGAUCAACACUGGCAUUCAGUUCUCAUUGAGCACUUUAACAAUCAAGUAAACUUUACAGUGGAUAAACACACUCAUCAUUUUCAUGCAAAAGGAGAAUUCAAUUAUUUGGACCUUGAUUAUAAGCUCAGCUUUGGAGGGAUCCCAGUGCCUGGAAAAUCAGGGACAUUGUCACGCAAGAACUUUCAUGGGUGUUUUGAAAAUAUUUAUUAUAAUGGAGUGAACAUUAUUGACCUGGCCAGGAAGCAUAAAUCUCAGAUCUACUUUGUGGGAAACCUGUCCUUCUCAUGUUUAGAGUCACAGGUUGUUCCUGUUACUUUUUUGAACUCCAGUAGUUACCUGAUACUGCCAGGCAAAUCAGGGGAAGAUGACAUAUUCAUCAGUUUCCAGUUUCGCACCUGGAACAAGGAGGGACUUCUCUUAUAUAGCAAACUACAUGGGGCUUCAGGUGGAUUCUUCUUAUAUCUGAGCGAUGGAAAAGUUAAAAUCAGUCUUCAUAAAGCAGGAAAAGCACUGAGUGACAUCGUUGCAGGUGCUGGAUUAAACAAUGGCCAGUGGCAUUCUGUGUCCUUCUCUGCCAAAAGGAACCGUAUCAGUGUAAUAGUGGACAAUGAUGUGACCUCAUCUGCUCAUGCUUCCAUACCUCUGCAAAUUUAUUCAGGAGAUGCUUUCUACUUUGGAGCUCCGGGUUUUAUGCUUCUUUCAGGCUGCCCUAGCAAUGGAAACAUUUCUGAAUGUAACACCUCAUUUGGUGGCUUUCAAGGAUGCAUGCGACUCAUUUCCGUUGGUAACAAAGCAGUGGAUAUGAUCUCAGUUCAGCAAAAUGUUUUUGGCAAUUUCAGUGACCUUCAGAUAGAUUUAUGUGGCAUUAUAGACAGGUGUUUGCCUAAUUAUUGUGAACAUGGCGGUGAAUGCUCACAGUCCUGGGACAGCUUCUACUGCAACUGUGCAAAUACAGGUUACAAGGGAGCUACUUGCCACUAUCCCAUCUAUGAGCAAUCAUGUGAAGCCUAUAAGCACAGAGGGAACACUUCAGGUUUUUACAACAUUGAUUCAGAUGGAAGUGGCCCCUUGGGACCAUUUCUUGUAUACUGUAAUAUGACAGAUACAACAUGGACGAUUAUACAGCACAACAACACCAACCUAACCAGAGUCAAAAGUGCUAAUCGAGAGAACCCCCACACUGUGUUUUUCAAGUACUCUGCCAGCCUAGACCAGCUUCAGGAUGCAAUUAACCAUGCAGAGCACUGUGAACAGGAGCUUGCUUACCACUGCAAAAAGUCAAGACUUUUAGAAAAGCCAGAUGGGAUGCCACUGAGCUGGUGGAUUGGAAGAACCAAUGAAACACAGACUUACUGGGGAGGUUCCUUGCCUGCUGUACAAAAAUGUGCUUGUGGAUUAGAGGGGACCUGCAUUGAUUCCCAGCAUUACUGCAACUGUGAUGCAGACAGAGAUGAAUGGACUAAUGAUACUGGAUUCCUCUCCUACAAGGAGCAUUUACCAGUAACUGAAAUUGUGAUCACAGAUACUGACAGACCAAAUUCUGAAGCAGCUUACAAACUGGGGCCUUUGCUUUGCCGUGGUGACAGAACAUUUUGGAAUUCAGCAUCUUUCAACACAGAGACAUCCUACCUGCAUUUCCCCACCUUCCACGGAGAACUCAGUGCAGAUGUCUCAUUUUUCUUUAAAACUACUGCUUCCUCAGGAGUGUUUUUAGAAAACCUUGGAAUUCAAGACUUCAUAAGGAUAGAAUUAUACUCUCCGUCCAAAGUGAUUUUUUCAUUCGAUGUUGGAAAUGGACCUAGUGAAGUAACAGUGCAAUCACUCACUUCCUUAAAUGACAACCAGUGGCAUUAUGUGAAGGCUGAACGAAAUAUCAAAGAGGCAUCCUUACAAGUAGAUCAGCUUCCUCAAAGGUCUCACAGUGCUCCACCUGAUGGGCAUAUUCGCUUGCAGCUCAACAGCCAGCUUUUUGUAGGUGGGACAGCAUCCAGGCAGAAAGGAUUUUUGGGAUGUAUCCGUUCAUUACAGUUGAAUGGAAUGGCCCUUGACCUGGAAGAGAGAGCAAAGAUGACUCCAGGAGUUGAACCAGGCUGUCCUGGACAUUGUAGCAGCUAUGGUAACCUAUGUCACAAUGAUGGAAAAUGUAGAGAGAAAUACAGUGGAUUCUCCUGUGACUGCACUUUCUCUGCCUAUGCUGGACCAUUCUGUAAGAAAGAGAUCUCUGCCUAUUUUGGGACUGGCACUUCCGUGACUUACAAUUUUCAAGAAUACUACGCGGUAGCUAAAAAUUCUAGUUCACAUGCUUCUUCCUUCUAUGCUGACAUGACACUGAACAGGGAAGCAAUUACAUUUGCCUUCCGAACAACACGGACACCAAGCUUACUGCUUUACGUCAGCUCCUUCUACAAGGAGUACCUCUCAGUCAUUCUUACCAGAAACGCUGCACCAAGGAAUGCUCUCCACAUGAAAAACAUUUCUCCUACUGUAACUUCACCUUUUAUGACUGGUUUGGUUUUUUGUGGGGGAACUUUACAAAUCAGGUAUAAGCUAGAUAGCCAUCAAGAUCCUGACAUCUUCAGCAUCAAUAUCAAAAACAUGGCUGAUGGACAACUGCAACAUGUGAAGAUUAACAGAGAGGAGGAAAUACUCUUUGUAGAGGUUAACCAGAACGAACGAAUGAAGUUUGUUCUGUCUUCAGGCACAGAAUUCAACGCAAUCAAGUCUCUCACACUUGGCAAGAUUUUAGAAAACAGUGAUGUAGAUGAGGAGACUAUGAAGGCAAACUCUCAGGGGUUUAUUGGAUGUCUCUCUUCAGUGCAGUUCAACCACAUUGCUCCUUUGAAGGCUGCACUGCACCACAGCAGCUCAGCCCCCGUCAUUGUAAAGGGACGCUUCACUGAAUCCAACUGUGGUACUUUAAGUGGAGCUGACUCAACAUCAAGUGAAACAACGCAUUCAUUUGCAGAUCACUCUGGACCAAUAGAUGAGGGAGAGCCCUUAGCUAAUGCAAUCCGAAGUGACUCUGCAAUUAUUGGAGGUGUGAUAGCAGUUGUGAUAUUCAUCCUACUUUGCAUCACUGCCAUAGCUAUACGCAUUUAUAAAAAGAAAGUAAUAUACUCAAAAAAUGAGGCAAAAGGAUCUGAAAAUGAAGACAGUGCUGAAUCUGCACUGAAAAGUGAGCUCAGCAUGCAAAACACAGCCAAUGAAAAUCAAAAGGAAUAUUUCUUCUGAUUGGCAUUCAUGAUUUAAUUUAUUAUAAUAAUAUGACAUUCUGACUUUCUUGCUAAACCAAGGCCUCUCAAUGCACAGAAAAAGCUCUUGCACUCUACAGUAAAUGCAGCAGAUUUGAGACAUUAUACUGCAUAUGUUCAGUCUCAGUGAUUGCUAUUGGGGAUUGCUAUUGGGGGCCUCUUUAAAUUACAUGCAUUCUUUAGCUAUUAUACCGUAAAUACAUUAAUGUAACAGUGAAUUAGAUAUUGUAACCAAUUUCAUUGUUGGUAGUUUCUGGCUGUUCUGAUGUGACCUUCUACAACUGAAGUUUAACGUACAUACUGAAUAUGAUUUUUGAAUGGGAAAAUUGUUAUGAAGUUAUUCCUAUACUUUUAUUUAUUUAUUUAUUUUAUUCUGGAAUUUUGUUCAAGGUGAAAGGUGGAUUCUCAUACUUUGUGUUACUAAAGAAAUUCCACUGUGUUGCAUUAUUGUGAUCUCUCUUACUUUCUCAAAUUGAAAAUGCCUUUUGAACUGAUGUUGGUUGGUGUCAACAUCUGCUUGUGAGCCAUGGAGUCUGGUGUCCAAAACAAACCAUACUCCUUUACCCUGAGGAUGUGACCACUGUCAUCACUAUCUCUUCUUUUUGGCAAGCCCAGCAGGACUUAAAACUGAAGGGUGUACAAUGUGUUGAAAUGCUAUAAAAUCUCUUCUGCAAUAGGUUUUUGCUUACGGUCAAAUGAUGGCACUAAAGGACUUGUGCACGUUCUAGGCAUUUUAAAUAAAAUUUGCAUAAGAAAAGAUAAGAUGUUUGCUUGGGAAGAUCAAGUAAUAUAUUUUAAAUAGUUACUUUAUCAUGAGUGAGAACAGCAAAAGAUGAUCAAGGUUAUUUUCUCUGGAAAUUAGUAAUACUUCUGUCAAGUAGUAAUGCUCUGUGCACAGCAUGGAACAUAUUCUCUGAAAACAUUGUACCUCUCAUCUGCUCCAGGCCUCGAGAAAAAGUUGUUCUAAACUGUAGAAAUUAUUUAUUAUUAUUAUUAUGAGAAUAGAAGUAGGGAAUUUAGAGCCUAGUACAGUGGCUGCUACUUGAAUACUUCUGUUCUUCAUCCUUAGUAGUGCCUACUAUACCUCUAUAAGACAAGGUCUGAUUACACCACUCAAAAUUAAACAGGUGUUUACCAUCCUGACAGAACAAAUAAGAACUUGAUUAUGAUGUAUAAACAAAUUCUCAGAUAAAAAGGGUAAGUUUAAGUUGUCCAAAGAGAAGAUUAUACACACCAUAAGGUAUCUAAAAUACCCAUGUCACCUGAUGGGAAUGUCACAACUUCUACAGAAGGUAUAUGUCUUUUGGAAGAGACAUUUGAGAAUUAUGUAGAAGGGCCUAUCACAUAGAAUACGGUACCAGAUACCAAUAUUUAGGUAACUUGACGCCACACAGACAGAAAACUAUGUGCGUAGAGUUUGGAUCUGAGAAAAGUAUCCAGAAUUCUGUGCCUUUGUAGACUUGAGUUUCAAAUUAAAACAGCUUUCAAAAUUACACUUAUAUCUGCUCCCAUCCAAAGCAAUGGUGACAGACAUCGCUUUUCUUACCUUUCAGUGGGGACAACCAAAGCUAGAUCCUUGACUGUGAAGUUCAGAAAAUGUUUAUCAUAGAUGCCCAAGAACAUUAUAAAGACAUGGAAACCUAACAUGGUGUGCUAAAACAUUUAAUAUAUAAGUUUAUUGGUAAAAAUGGUAGUUGUAAAUAUAAAUGUCCAGCAGAUAUUGUCUUUUAAAUCUUAUUUUCUUCCAACAAUGUUUCAUUUCUGUGUGCAGAAUUCUGCAGUUCUUUUCCUGCUUCUCCCUGUAGAGCUUUCCUUCAUAUUUAGGAACUUUUUUAGGAACUUUUUUUUUUUUUUGGACAUCUUGGAGGUCUGCAGUCAUAAAUUGUUCAGAUUAAGAUGCACUGCCUGCAUCUGGUAGAUUAAUCAGGCUGAGGAUCCAAGGUAUGCAUGUUGUGUAUAUGUUUGUGUAUUUGCCAAUACAGUUUUGUUUACAACAAUAGGUUACCUUUAGAAAGGACAAAACAAGGUAAGGGAAUGAUACUGGACUGUUCUUGAUAAGUGAUAUGGAUGACAAUAUCCUGUGUUGUGAAUGGAGUCAUGAGAAAUGCAUGGGUCAUGAGAAAACUUUGAAUUGUUAUGUUUGUUACUUUGGAACCUCUCAGUCUAGCUAUUACUUUAAAGUGAAAAUUCUGACUCCUCCCUUUCAAGGGUCUGACCUAAAUUGCAUUGGAUUCAAGAGGAGUCCUCCCAUGGACUUCUCUGUAAUUGAAACCCUUUGAAUCUCAAGAUGCUUUCCCUUCCUGUGAUAGAUAUGUCAGUGUCCACCUUUUUGUGUCACCUAAAUCAACAAAUCUAUCAGCAGUUACAAGUCCCAGUCAGCUCAAUUUUUAUCAACGUGGAAUGUAAUAACCAUGUGGGACAAAACUUGUAUGAUGGUAUUUAUUAUAAUACAUGAGAUCACCACGGUGGAUAUUUUGAUUGAAUGAUGAAAUGCAGACUAUUCGUGUGAGAGUUAUCCAUAUACUAACCAAAUAAAACCAAAAGGGUACCCACACCAGGAAAAAUGGGAAGUAUACAAGCUUAACUAUUCAAUGAUUUCCUUUAAUUUCUAUUUCCUUGUUAAUUUUAUGCGUGUCUUGAUGGAGAGAAAGGUCUCCUCCCUUACUUCAUGUUCUUCCAAAAGAAUAAUUAUUUUCUUUCCCUGUUCCUUAGAAUUUUUAAAAGCAACAGGAUGAAAAAGGCUAGGUAAAACCCUUAUUUCAAAGACUAAUUAAAAAAGAGGGAUGAGGGUAUAAAUGCCUUUGUGACUGGCACAUUAUUUCUUUCAAAGAAUUUUUAUUAUGUGAAGGAUUCUAAAGGAGAAAAAAAAAAAAAGAAAAAAAAAGGGUUUUGUUGAAUACAAAACACUAUUUGCAGAGUUGUAGCACACAAUAAUUACAUCUCUCUGAAGGUGCAAAUGCCCAUUUUCAUCUGUAGGAAGACUGAUCAUACAUUCAUCACCUAAAUCCUACAUAUACACGUUCAUAGUGAGUGAAGUAGCAUUUUCUAUUACUUGCUGCAUUUCCAUGGGUACAAAAUAACUGGGGCACCAAAGUGCGCUGAGACAUCAAGCAACAUUAUGCAGUCCCUUUUUUGAUUAUUCCAAUGUAUGACCUUUCACCUCUCUACUAAUAAACACUUUAUAAAAUAAAGUGAGAAAAAAUAUUUUUAAAAAAUUGUAUUAAAAGGUUUUAAAUGGAAAACAAUAUACUGAUUUUUUAAAACAGUAAAAAUAUGUAGAAGUGCACAUAAUAUCUUGGCGAGUGUGGUUAUUUAUAGGUAUUACUGAGUGCUAAUGUAACAAAUUUACUAUGCAUUGACACAUUUUCCUUGGCAAAUAUAUUUUUUCUUAAGUACAUUCUAAAAUAAAUAGUGGCAUGUAUGCUGCUUCAUUUUUAAAACUUUGUGUGGGUGCUAGCUGCAAAAGGCUUAUAGUUAUUUAUGUACUUAUCAUUUAGCACAUAAAUAUUAUUUAGUUAGGUUUUGGGAAAACAUUUUCCAAUACAUCCACUGUUGUGUAGAUGAAAAAUAUGUAAUAAGCAAAGUACACAACUUGACAUGAAAUGUACUAACAGUCAAAAUAAUUUUACAGCACCGUGACAAUGAUGUACAAGGGAAAAAGUGUGUAAAUGACAAAACAGAUGGAACUUCUUGGAAGAAUCAGCUGUGUAGAUUAGAGUACACAGAUUUAGACAUAGGUGCCAGGAAUCCUGAAGCACCAGGGUGAGAUAAAAUCAGAAGGUGUAACUAUUUCAGGUUAGUAGAGGACUGAUUGAUAAGAAAAUAUCCUUUUGAAAUAAAAUUAAUUACCUUGAGAAGUAGUUGUAACAGUUUAUACUCAAGGCAGAGUUAUAGUUGUAUAAGUCAUGUGAUGUCACAGGGGAAGAAUGCUCGUUGUAACAGGAAAAUAUUUGCUGAGUCAGAAAACUUGUUGCUGAAAAAGCGUGUGCCCUAGUGUCUGGGGUGCAGUGCACAUUCUCUGGAGUGAACACUAAGAAAUACUGCAUGAUUUUGUCAAAUCAAGCUCCUAAUUCUGCAGCCAAAAGUAUAAUGAAUCCCCAGUUUUUCUGAUCAUUGAAUGAGAUUGUACGCUAUCAAGAAGGAAUACAAAUGAAAAAUCCUACAGAAAUUAGAGCUGAAUCAAAAGGUACAGGUAUGAAGGUACUGAAAUAGUUUCAGUGCUUUUUAAUGAACAAGAACAUGCUUAAAAAAUUAAGGAAAAGAAGGGAUCUUCCCUUUACAUUUACUCUUUUUAGAACCUUCUCUUGGGACUUUUUGGUGGUCAUGGAAAGGAUUUAAUGGAUUUCUGUAAAGAAAGUGCUAAAGAUGCAACUAUAAGAAACAGAAUAAAAAACUCAAAGGUGUUUAUAGACUGUGCUUUGCUAAGAAGCCAUGCUCAUCCUCAUUCUUGAAAGGUUGUCUGAAAAAUAAUUUUUGACAAGAAUUGGCACGGUUGGAUAUGUUGCCCAAAUCCUUUAAUCUUUGAUCUUACCAUUGUUAAGAAUUGAAUCAAACUUCACUACUGCAUUGUAAGGAGAUGCAUAACUUUCCUUCAAACAAUGACAUAAAAUCUAAUUGAAUUUCAUACGAAUUUCUAAUUUCCAUUUAUGAUGAAAUUCUGAUCUUGCCAACAUUUUCUGUAAAAAGCACUAAAUAAAUCAUACUUAAAGUCUUUAUUAAAUAAUGUAGUAAAUACACAGUAAAAGUCUCCAUAAGCAAGUGAGUAAAUGUGCACAUACCUACACACAUAUGCCAAUGAGCUGUGUAGUCAGAGCUAAGAUUCUUCAGGCUUUACCAUUUUCUUUGUAUUAUGUCAAAUACUGAAAACCAGUUCAGAGUUCAGAAACAUCACUAUCCUUAAUGUUGGGAAAAUAUCCAAACCAUUUCACAAAAUAUUGAAGAUUUCACAAGAUUUUUCAAGGAACAACAACAACAAAUAUUAGAGCUAUCAGUUUCUUUCAGAACAGUAAGAGGUAGACACCAGUCUGCCAAUGGGAAGAGUAAGUUUAUAGCAUUUCUGACACAGAGACAGUCGUGUAGUUAGUUCCUUCUUUUAAUUUCUUUUUGUACACUUGAAGUGUACUUCUGCGAGCUAGUGAACUGGCUUUUAGGAAGCAUCAGGACUCAUGUCUUCAGAUUAGCUGAGGCAGUGGGCAUCAGUGAAAGACUCCUAAAUCUGCAGAAGAGAAACAGCUACACAAAAUCCUUCUGAAGUCCAAGAAAAUUGAAGAACAAUUGUCAAUGAGUUACAUCAAAUUUCACCAGCAUCUAUUUCUCAUCAAGAACUUAGUGAUAACAGCAUAAAAAGAACUAUUGGAAUAAUACAUAUAUUAUUCAACAAACUGACAUAUACCAAGUAGGACUUGGUAACCUUUGUAUGUUAUACUUUUUAAUACAAUAUGGCCUUUGGGUCUUCUAGCUUUUUUUGAUAUUUGCAGGAAAUUAUUAUUUCAAGUGUAAUCUUUUUGGAAUCUGUGGGCUGAUGAUUUUUUGUUUUGAAAAGCAGAAGUGCCUUGCAAGCAGUUUAUAAUGCCAAUGUUAAUUUAAGUGAAAACAGCCAUCAUAAAAUCUUUUGGAAUAAAAAAGUAAAGCUUGCUAAAACAUCCCACACUGCAUAAUAUAAAUUCAGCGACAGACACCUGUUUAUAAAUUACUUAAGUAAUAAACAAACUUUCAGCACACUUCUCCAAAACUGGAAGUGUAUGUAUUGAGGUCUGAGGAGCUCAAGAUUAUCUAUCCCACCCUUAAAAGUAUGACCUUGAAAAAAAAGACAUUAAGCUUUGCACUCCAGUCGUACAACAAGGAGAAAAUACUGAAGUUUUGACCACCUUGCUUUAUUAAUAUUUAUGAAUCCGUUUGAAGAUGGAAGCCUUUAUAUAAAUGGACAGCAUCAUAAAAGAAAGGAGAUUCUAUCUUUUAUUUAGCAAAUAAUGUUAUCAUAAGUAACACUAAGUAUUUGUAUUUACUUUGAUACAUUUAUUUCGGGAGAUGGUCCUUCUUCUUUUUAUCAGAAAUAAUAGCAUUUUCCUGUUAUUUUAUGCAUAGAGUGACACUUGAAUAGAUAGGAAGACAGACCUUGGACUAUUUGGUGUAGUAUAGAUUUGACUGCAUGUCUUCAUUUAUCAGCAAAUUAGAGCCCAGAACAUUUUAAUCUAACUAGAUGGGUAAUAGUUGAAGUAAACAAGAUAGGUGUCAUAGAAGUAAACACAAAACAUGGCUUAUAACAACACAUCUACAUUCUUACAAAACAUCUCCUGCCAAUUGAUUGGCUCAAAGUGAACAUCACAGGUAUGCAUUUUAAGUAUAAUUCCUGGUUCCUUCUUAGUAUCUUCAGCUGGUUGAUUAAUCCUUUUUGCUGCUAUUUUUAGUUACCACAGAGUUAUUCUUCUAACCAACAGUAACUGUUAGGCUUAUUAUAUUUUAUAUUUUAGAUGAUAGGAUUAAAGUAUUACUGGGUUCUAAUAUAUUUAAAUCUAUUUCACAUAUAAAUAUUCCUUAUCUAGUUAAAAUAACAUUGUGUAUUUAUUAACAUUCAUGUUCCAUGCAAAGUAGCAAAUCUAAAAGAAAAUAUAUACUGGCUUGUAUUUUGUUUUGCUGCUUUGUUGGAUUGGUUUCAGUUUUGUGUUUGUGUGUUUUGGUUUUGUUUGUUUGGUUUGGUUUGGUUUGAGUUUUGUUUGUUUUGUUGCGUGGCUCCCAUAGGUAAAUGAAGAGGGGGUUGUUACUUUUAGCUUAAUCACAUACUGGUUUUGAAAAAAGUAUUUUAAAAGGGCACUACAGGAUGUUAAUAUUUAAUUCACUCUUGGUAAUAAAACAUUCAGAGAUUUCAGUAGUUGCUGCUCCAAGACAUAGUGGUUCUCUUUUCUAAUUGAAAAUAUUAGCAAACACUCCUUAUAUGGUAUAAGAUCUUUUUCCACUACAUUAAGUCACACUAGAAAGAGAGGUUUACAAGAACUCAAGAAGAAUGACCACUCAGUCAUGGUCCCCCCACCACAGGAAUAAAAAAAAAAAAUUACCUACAAAAUGAUUUGAUAUUUACAGAUAAAGUCAGGAAGUCCUUUAGCAGCUACUGUGUUUUUCCUGCAAAACAUACAGGGCCUUAUUCUUGCACAGCAAGAACUCCCCAUGAAAUUAAUAUUUAAAUGGACUGUUUAGUGUCAUGAUCUGUAAACUGGUAACUCACAUUUGAAUUGUUAGUGUUGUGUUGCUAUUAUUUUUUCUCUUUGAUGUUCGAGUUCAUAAUAUGUGCAUGUCUCAGUCAAAGUAAAUUUUUAUUAAUUCAUGUCAUAAAAAUAAAAGUGCUGUUUCAGGUGUCUUACAGAUAAAAUUCUACUAGAAAGUAGCAGUUAAAUGUGGAAAAGAUUUUAAAAAUAUGUCAUAUAUUGCUUUACAUUACAGUUUGGUAAAGUUCACUUAUUUUUACAGAACAAACCAUGAUGGAUUUAUUAUUAAUUCCCAGAACACAUAGUGGAAAAAAAAAAAGCAAAAUUCACAGAAAAAGGAGAAGACUCUAGAACAGGAAUUUUCUUUGUUAAGAAAAUUGUUUUCACAAAAAUUUGUUAUAAAAUUUGUUUUUAUGAUAAUUCUGUACAGCUAUUUUUCAGUUCAUAUGAAGUGUUUAUUUGGGAUCAUGUUAUUAAGCCCAUAUAUUUUCAAUUAUUUCUUUUGUAUAAACGAGCUAACAGAAAUUUUAGUUUCAAGCUGAUAUCUAGCUGUCUGUUUGCCUGAAUAAAGUAUUUCAAUCUGUAAAUUAAACAUAGCAUGAAAUCUCUAGUAUGUACCUUCCCUCUUCAAAAUAACAGUAAUAAUUAACGUUUCUUUGAAAUGGCAAGAUCUUCGAGUGUCCAGAGUUUUCCUGACAGUCUUGUUUCACAAAUACAAGUAAGCCUAUUUAGUCAGAAUCUAAUUAGGAAAGUAUUAGUAAAUGCUUGUUAUUCAGUUUUCUAGAAUGGUUAAGUGCUACAUAUGAAAAAUGAAAUGUUUUUAAAUGAGACAAAUAAUGCAUAUUAUGAUAACAAUGUUGUGCUUUUACAAUAUCUGCUUGCCCACUGUGGCACUUGCUGGUGAUUAAUGGUCGUUUUUUCGUUAUCAGAUUCACCUUAGUUUUCUGUAAUAUACUUUAAUAUCCUUAUAAACUAGAUAUGUAUGCAGUAAUCAUACCUUAUUGCUCAUUAUAGCCUUUUUCACUUCUUCUAGGAAUAUCCUUAUUUUUUGGCACCAGCUUUAUGCUCAUAAUCAUGUAACUAGUGGUGGCUCGCCAAGGUUCCUGCAAUAGAGAUUGCUUUUUCAUUAGGUGGCUGUUGUACCAUUGGUAAACUCCCCAUAGAUUAGGUCUGUGAGUAAUCCCCUGCACUAUCAGCCAACACAGCUCUCGUUUUGCUAUCGUGCUGAACUGUGUCCCACCAAACUGUGUGCAUUUCAGUGCCCCUGGCCUGGAUUCCUGGGGAAAAAAAAAUCCUUUCACCUGUCUUUGGCGCACAGGUCUCCCAAGCAUCGCAUGAUCCGUUCUAGCUUACCAAACAUCACUGGUCACAUAGCACUUCUCUGCAGCACUAAUCCGAGAUGGAAGCUGGGAGGAAGCAUGCAUAUCACUGCUUCUACAGGACACAAUUCUGCAAGGCCAGAUACAGUAGUCAUAUAUGGAUGCAUUUAGCCUGGAGACUCUUAUUACAUGCUCAAUUAAAAGAAUAAGAAAUUCAAGGCUGACAAGUUCUGCUCAGGCCCCAGAAAGAAGACACACAGCCUAACAGGCUGUCAGCAAGGAGGCUGCAAUGAAGGCUAUGUCUGACAGUGACCAGGUCUGCCUGUGGAGCUGAGAGGUAAGAUGUAAAGGAGGAGCAGGAGCUGGUGGUUUCUCCUUCUGUUAGUGGAGGGAAGAACAGCAAUAUAACCUUUAGUACAGUUUUUGAAGGCAUUUCUAGAGAAAAUUAAAAAAAUAGGAGCUACAUAGCUAAGCACAGCUCUACCCUUGUAAUUGACAACGAGUACAGGCAGAGCAAAGAUGCAAUAUAGCCCCUCCUGAGCAUACAACACAGUAAGUACAGUACAUUUGGUGGGAAGUUAUAGUUCUCCUACCACCCUCAGAUUUCCAGCCUGGGGUGAUAAUAUUCAAGAAAUCUGUGUGAGAUGCUCUCUAUUCAUUAGGGUAGGUCAACAGCCUUACAGCAUGCUAGCUACUUACCUCCUACUGAGAACUGGACAUCUCACUCAAAACUGUUUGUUCUUGUUUCAGGAGACAAAUGUCAUGCGGUACCUGGCUCUACUCUAGAGACAGUAACAUGAGGCAAGAAAAUAAUACCUCUUAAAGCUUUAAGAAUGUGGUCCCAGAACUCAGUUUUCUUCCCUUAGACAGGGUAAGCAAGACUUCAGAAUUAUGAACAAAAUUCCUAAACAUUCAGUUCACAGAAUCAGAGAAUGGCUGAGAUUGAAGGGCACUUCUAGAGGUCAUCUGGUCCAAAAUCCCUGCUCAAGCAGGGCCACCUAAAGUUGGUUACCCAGGACUAUGUCCAGGCAGCUUUUUAAUGUCUCAAUUCAUAUAGACUCUACAAUCUCUUUGGGCAACCUCUGUCAGUGCUCCAUUGCCAUCACAGUUAAAAAGCAUCUCCUGAUGUUUAAGAGAAAUAUAGGAUGUAUCAGUUUGUGCCCAUUGACUCUUACUCUGUCAUGGGGCAUCACUGGAAAGAGCCUUCUGUACACCUUUCCUUCAGGCAUUUAUGUACAUGGAUAAGAUCUCUCCCUGAGUCUUCUGCAGGCUGAAUAGUCCCACCUUUCUCAGUCUUUCCUCAUGGAAGAUAUCUCAGUCCCUUAAUCACCUUUCUCGCCCUUUAUCUGGCAUCUCUAGUGCUGAGGAGAAGGGGAAGGAUCACUUCUCUCAUCUUGCUAGCAAUGCUUUGCCUAAUGCAGCCAGAAUACCACUGGCCUUUCCUGCAGCCAGGGCACAUUGCUGACACACAUUCAACUUGAUGUCCACCAGGACCCCCAGGUCAUACAAAGCUGCUUUCCAGCCAGAUCACCCCCAGCAUAUACUGGUGCUUGGGCUUAUUCAUCUCCAUGGAUGAAGUUUGUAUCCACAAAGUGAACAAGUAAAUUGACUAGAUAUUUAAAAAUCACACCUUUAAUAAUAUACACAUCAUUAGACAAAUUUAUUCAGAUAUCUUGAGAUGUACCUGCCCAUAUUUUAACUUAUUGCUGUUUGAGGUGCUAUCUAGUACUAAUUUAAUGCUUAUUCAAAAAGACAAAAUUUAGUCUAUUUUGGAGUAAUCAUAACUUAUGUGAAUAUUUAACUAGGCUAUAUAAAAAGAUAAUAUGUCAACAAAAGUAAUCAAAAGAGAUUCAGUAAUCAUUAGAUUUCAAAUUUUUUUUUUUGGCUAUUGUUUUAUACUAGAUUUGCCAUACCUCUGUGUGAGACUGAACGGUAGAGUGAAGUAACGUUCUGCCUUUUACUUUGACUGUGAUCAGAUCUCUAAGUUUUUAUUUUCUUUAAAGUAGGAGCUUCUCUGUAUUAAAAGUGAUCUUGCCUCACGAGAUGUGGGGAACAGUGCUAGUCAAAUGUCUACUACCUUUUUUCUUUAUAUUAUUUAUAUCCUACCUUUUUUCAAGAUAUUAGGCUCUCCUUCACCAGUAGCUAUUAAAAUAGAUCUAUGACAAUAACCAAAAAAAGCAUAUAACAUUGGGGGUUUUUUCGCUAUAAUUUGUAAAUAUUGUGAUCUUGCUGUAAAUUCUUGACUGAGUCAGCUUAUGAAUAUAUUUCAUAUAUUAAAUUUUAUGGCAUUGUUUCUACAUAAUACAAUAUAAUAUAAGCUGAAAUAAAAGGAAAAGUGGCUUAAAAGCUAAGAGAAAGGCCUGUUGAAAAUCAUCAGAGCAAUAUGCAAUAACAGAUUGUCAAAUAUCUACAUCUCUUUAGGAUAUACUUGGUCACAUAAGGUCAAUGAACAAAAGACUUUAAAAUAUUUAAUACUCUAACGAGUUUCAAGGUUCUAUUUUGGUUUUGGUUUUCUUUAAUUUUUAUUCUUAACAAUCAUUUGUCUAAGAAACUGCUACAACAGAAGCACAAACUAUUUGGUAAAUGUAAAUGUAUGUAAAUAGCUUGCAGUACAGUUGAUAUACAUACAGAGCUAAGAAGAUUCGUAGAUCUGAUGGUUUAAUAAUUUUAACAGUGCAUUUCCCUAGACCAUGUAUUCCUUAUUCAAUACAUCAUUAUUUCCGGAUUUUUGUUGUUUGUUUGUUUUAUUGCCUAUAGUCUGACAGAAAAUUCAAACCAUCUACAUUAUUAUUUUUAUCUUAGUGGUGCCAAGAAAUUCCAACUUAGACAACAAACCUGUUGCAGGAGUGGAAAAAUGCACAUAUAUGCAGACAUACAGUAUGAGAUUAAUACUGUCUAAAACAGCCUGUCUACUAAAUGGCAGUCACAGGCAGAGUAAAUAAAUUGAGCAAAAUAUGGGAAAAACUAGCAGGGCUGGAAUCUGACCUCAUUGCUCCAUUUUUUUUUCUUUAACCACCAGCUCAAUUUGCCUCCACACAGAACAUGUUUCACUUAAGUUGUCUCCUAUAGUGUUGUGGUUUAACCCAAGACAACAACUAGGUACCACACAGCCACUUACUCACUUCACUCACAGUGGAAUGGGGAAGACAACUGGAAGGGCAAAAGUGAGAAAACUCGGGUAUUGAGGUAAAGAAAAUUUAAUAGGUAAAGCAAAAGCCAUGUGUGCAAGCUAAGCAAAACAAGGAAUUUAUUCACUGCUUCCAACCUGUAAGGAGGUGUUCAGCCAUUUCCAGGAAAGCAAGGCUUCAUCACAUGCAAUGGUUACUUGGGAAGACAAACACCAUCAAUCCAAACAGGCCCCUGCCCAUACCCACACACUUUCCUCUUCUUCUCCUAGCUUUAUAUACUGAGCACAAUGCCAUAUGGUGCACAAUAUGCCUUGGGUCAAUUGGAGUCAGCUGUCCUGGUUGUGUCUCCUCCCAAACUUUUGUGUAUUCCCCACCUUCUUGUUGCCAGGCCAAUAUGAGAAGCUGAAAAGUCCAUGACUAUUUAGGAACAAUGAACAUUAUUCUCAUAUUAAAUCCAAAAAACAGCACUACAUGAACUACUUGGAAGAAAAUUAACUCUAUCCAGCCAAAAACAGGACAUAAGGGCAUCACCUCCUCUAUUCCAAUACAUAAAAGUUGCAAUCAAAUUGCAUCUCCUCUAAUGCAAGAUUUUCAACUGAAGUGAAAAUAAAAAAUUCUGGUCUUUGUUUUUUUUACCUGGUCAAAAAUACUGCAAAAAGUUUUUGAGUUACAAAAUUAAAAGACUGUCCUUAGACAUAGUUCUUUAAAUAGUAGAAAAGAAUAUUUAAAAAAAAAAAAUGUUUUAUGCUAUCCAUGUGUAUUUGUCUCUACUUCUCACUUUCUCAGAAGGUUGGUAGUGACUUGCAUUCUUUGAUGACUCCGUAGAUUCAAGAAACAUUGAAAGAUAUUUAUGAGAACUGGGGAUAAUAAUGAGAAAACUUCACAUAGAACAAGCAAGCUGAAAUGCACUCUCAUCAGGCUAUGACAUUCGACAUUGAGGGUGACAAGUGCUAAUUUAUAUAUGUACUGUGGGAACUUACUGCAGUGUUUUCUUUGUAAUUCAGGAUUUGUUCCCAAAAAUGCACAGGAAUAACAAUUGCAGGAUAAAAAGUUUUUAUGCCUGGCCUUCUGUGUGAAUGAGCGACUAAAACCAUCAAGAAGGUGUCAACGGCAAAGCUUUUGUUGCUUGCACAAUAGCAUUGCUUGUUCUUGAUUUUUUAAUGUAAACCAUAGACGUUGUUUUUCUCUGCGAAUGUUGUUUUAAACACAUAUUUCUAAAAGUCAUUAUUUAAAAGAAAAAUGUUAAAAUAAUAAUCCCUGAAGUGCAUGUGAGUUUGUAUGUUACAUGAAAGGGGAUCUGUUAAUAAAAAUAUUCUGGAUAAUUUA